CAUAAUGCAGGGUGCACAGCUCAGAAAGCAUAUUGAUGCCACUCUAGGCAGUGGAAAUCUUAGGGAAGCCGUAAGACUACCACCUGGAGAGGAUUUAAAUGAGUGGCUGGCUGUCAACACUGUGGAUUUCUUCAACCAAGUGAACCUGCUCUAUGGUACCCUCACAGAGUUCUGUACCCCUGAGAAUUGUCCUACAAUGACUGCAGGCCCCAAGUAUGAAUAUAGAUGGGCAGAUGGUGUGCAAAUUAAGAAACCUAUUGAAGUUUCUGCUCCAAAAUAUGUUGAAUAUCUAAUGGACUGGAUUGAAGCUCAGCUUGAUGAUGAAUCCAUAUUUCCUCAGAAGCUUGGUGCACCAUUUCCUUCCAACUUCAAGGAGGUUGUAAAGACAAUAUUCAAAAGACUGUUCCGUGUAUAUGCUCACAUAUAUCAUACUCACUUUCAGAAAAUUGUGAGCCUUAAGGAGGAAGCUCAUUUGAAUACAUGCUUCAAGCAUUUCAUACUAUUUACUUGUGAAUUUGGGUUGAUUGACAAGAAAGAGCUUGCUCCACUUCAAGAGCUUGUAGACUCAAUUGUUGUUCCCUACUAAAUCAGCUUUCGGAGAUGCUGAAGAAAGGCUCUAUUUUAGGGGAACAUAAUAAAAUUAUAGUAUUAACUAUUUAUAUAUCAGUAUUUCUCGGUUAUAAAGUGCAAGUGCUCGCUGCCUUAGUCUUAGACAUAUAUCCAUGUGAUCCUUGGACCAUUGAAAUGUGAAAAGCAAUAGCCAUAUUAAAUUUGCUUCUCUUCAGAACCGAUAAAGGAUUCUUGUGAAAAUUUCCCAGCUAUGAAUGCAUGUGUCAGGGCUUUAUUUUUUAAGCAA